UUCUGCAGCCAGCAACCCGCGACACAGCAAAAAGACCGGACACUAUUCUCUGUAGAUAACCAUCAUGAGACCGUCUGUGAUGAUCACUCUCCUUGUCCUGGUCUUGGCCGCGCAAUGCACUGCAAGAAAAAAGGAGAAAAUUUUAAAAGAGGCUGAUCAACAACCCCUUGGGCAUUGGAUGACCAAAAGCGUGACUUUCAUGGGACACUCAUGCAAGACUGAAGUGGAGCUUGGGUUCUCCCACUGGACUGGGUACUACCAGUGCACUUUCUCCUGUGACCCAUGGACUGAUAUCACAGGCAAAGCUUCGUCGCCCUCGAAACUAGUGGCAGCAGAGGAAUGCAUGCAAGACUUCGUCAAUAAAGCUGUCAAUUCCAAUCUCAUCAGCUGGACAGACAUAGAAAAGUGGCUUGAAGAUCAGAUAAAUGUAACCCACCUUGACUUACUGGUAAGUAUGGGCAGUGUAUCCAACUUGCAAGAUGACAACAUGCACGUACGGGUGAGCAUGAUUGUGCACACAAGGAAUCCUUCAUUCCUUUACAUAAGGCAAGGAUCUUGGGUCGUAGCUGUGGCAGGAGUGACCCGCCGUUGCGAGUCUAAAUGCGGCUCACUACAGACUCAGGACAUUGAUGAUUUUCAGAGAGACUUCUAA